GACGUUAUUACUGUGCGACCAGGCGUUUACGCGACGUACACAGCAAUGGCGAGCGGUAAAAAGAGUGCUCCGCUGUCCUCUUUGGCAGACUAUGGGGACGAUUCAGAGCCAGACUCUGAGUCCGAAAUCGAGGAGUCGGGAGGACAAGUAGGAGGUCUGGUGUACGGCUAUGGUGAUGAUGACCUGAACCGGACUGAGGAUGUGGAGUUCAAGGUGUCUCCAGAUGAAGACAGCAGAGAAAGCAUCUCGGAAAUGGAGGAGUCUGAUGAGGGGAGGGACGUAGAAGAAGUGGAGAUUCCAGAAGCAGAAAGAAAAGACCCCAAUGAGCUGGUUGCCCUGUUCUCGGAGAAGGUGAGGAACAUGUCCCCUGAUGAGAUCAGGAUCCCCCCUGAGCCCCCAGGACGCUGCUCCAGCCAGCUGCAGGACAAGAUCCACAAGCUUUACGAGAGGAAGCUCCAUGGAGACUUUGACACAAACAGCCACAUACAGAAAAAGAAAGAGUUCAGGAACCCCAGCAUCUACGAGAAGCUCAUUCAAUUCUGCGAUAUAGAUGAACUGGGAACCAACUACCCCAAAGACAUGUUCGACCCUCACGGCUGGUCAGAAGACUCUUACUAUGAAUCCCUUGCCAAAGCCCAGAAGGUGGAGAUGGACAAACUGGAAAAAGCCAAGAAGGAGAGGACAAAGAAAAAUGUUGAAACAUCAAACAGCAGCAGGAAUAAUGCUCUGCUGCUCUGUGUGUCUCAGAUUGAGUUUGUCACCGGGACAAAGAAGGGCACCAAUCCCUCCAGCACAUCAGCCUCCACCACCAGCAACACCGCCACCACCACCACAGCAGAGGCUCAGAAGAGGAAAAGCAAGUGGGACUCUGCCAUCCCUGUGACCCUGGCCCAGCCAACCCUCAUCACCACCACUGCAACCCUGCCUGCUGUCGUCUCUGUGACGACCACCGCCAGCGGCACCAAGACCACCGUCAUCUCUGCCGUGGGAACCAUCCUGAAGAAGUCCAAACAGUGAACACAGACAUUGGCUCGUUUUAUGCGUAAUGAUUUGGAGAGAAGUCCAACUAGAUCGAAAUAGACCCAAAGGCCUCUUUUUACACGGACUGCUCCAAGACUGCCUUCUUUCUCUGGGAUUGUAUCUCAACAGUGACAUCCGUAGCUGUAGACAGAUGCAUAUCGACCUUGCACUGAUACACUUCUAUCAUUCAGUUUUUACGUCUGCAGCGGUCUUUUUAUGUCUAACACAGUGAGGCAGAACAAGAGCAUGACAAUGGCUGAAUAAGGAAAGGGUACCUGACAUAACUGAAGAAGCUCUUUAUUUUUCUAUGCGUACUCUGGUGCUGUACCUCCAUGCAUUCUGAAGCAGUGAUGCGUGUUAGCUCGAUGUCAUCAACAUUUUUUUCAGCUUUUUCUCUCUCUUCAUUUUCACAUUCAGGUCGCUGUGGUAAGGUUUUUUACACUUGUACAUAUGUAUUGAUAGGAAGGUGAAUAAAUGGAUCAGAUGUUGCCUUUUCA